AUGGAGCAGCAGCAGAUACGUCUCAUGCUUGUUGUCAAAGAUGGAGCACCAGCCCACACAAGCUGCCUCGCAAAAUCUGCUCGGUUGAAACUGGGCAUCACACCCCUAACACAUCCUCCAUCUUCACCCGAUCUUAACCCUAUCGAGCCAUUAUGGCUGCUGCUCAAAAACCGUAUUGCUGAUACUCCAGGUGCCAGUAAUUCUCUUGAGAACCUAUGGUUAACAGCACAGCAUGCAUGGGAAGAAAUUACAGAGGAGGAGAUUCAGAGACAUACUGGGAAGAUGUUAAAGAGAGUUGCACAAGUUCAGGCAGCAAAAGGCUGGCAUACAAAAUUCUAA